AUGCGGAAUGUAUUUUGUUUACUUUGUAGUAUUUAUGUGUGCUUAGAAAUAUUUGAAUUACAUAUUAGUUGUGUGGAGUCUGAUAAUGAUGAAAACGAUGAUGAACCGAGUGUUUACACAUUAUCUGAUGAAAAACGGUUAAUCAAACGUUUGUUAAACAAAUACCAAGCUGCAGGAAUAACUGGUCGUCCAGUAAAGCAUACAUCUGAAAAAGUCCUCGUGGAAAUGUCUCUCUCGCUAAUACAAAUUUUGGAUUUAGAUGAAAAAAAUCAAGUGUUAACUACAAGUGUUUGGUUAAAUUAUCGCUGGACCGAUCACAUUCUCAAAUGGAAUCCAGAAAAUUACUCGCAAAUUCAAGAAGUACGUGUCCCGUACAGGCAUAUUUGGACACCAGACAUAGUGUUAUAUAACUACGCCGAUGAACGAUUAAAAGAAAUGCGUGAUGCUAUGGUUAUUGUACAACAUACUGGCGAUUUAACUUGGAUUCCACCAGCAAUUUUUAAAUCAUCAUGUAAAAUAGAUAUCAAAUCAUUUCCAUUUGAUGAACAAACAUGUCAUUUGAAAUUUGGAUCUUGGACAUAUGACGGGAAUAAAUUAGAUGUUAAGUUUAUCAAUAAUGAAGCCCAAGUAUUGUUAAGUGAUUACACAGAAAGUAAUGAAUGGGAGGUAAUUGCACGUCCAGCUUUAAGAAAUGUAAAAUCAUAUCCCUGCUGUCCAGAAUUUUAUCCUGAUCUAACUUACUUUCUAUUUCUAAGGAGAAACGCAGCAUUCUUUUCAUACAUCUUGGUUCUACCAUGUGUGUUACUGGCAUCGUUGACACUGGUCAUUUUCUGGUUACCUCCAGAAUCCCCUGCAAAGAUGGUUCUUGGAAUGAAUAUAUUCGUGGCCUUCUUUUUACUGUUAUUGUUAUUGGCUGAUUCUACACCACAAGCCUCAAACAGUGUUCCUUAUAUUGGUUAUUACUACUGCUUGAAUAUGAUACUCAUCACAUUAUCUUCGUUUCUGUCUGUGUUUGUGAUUAAUCUGUAUUUUCGUGGUGAUAGACGAAAUCGGGUGCCACAGUGCUUGAGAAGAAUUUGUCAUAUUUUGAAUGGUGCUUGUGAUGGCAAAUGCAGCUGUACGGAGACUGAUAAGAACUCACCCAUGAAUGCUAUUAUCAGUGGUUCGAAUUCUGCACCGAAUAAUCAAACUAACAGCGAUUAUUCAUCUCAGCUGCUACAAAUGAAGUCAGCUUUAGUUAAUUCAAAUAAUGAACAAGAUAUAUCAGGUGAUACAAGAGCUGUUAGUGGAAUGAAACGUUCUAAAAAGGGUAAAACGCGUUUUGCCACGGUACAAGAGAAUAAUGGAUUAAAAACUUUAAUUGUAGAUAAUUAUGAUUAUGAUACUAAUUUUAUUGAGCAGAAAAGAUAUCGACCAAACCAGCGUCACUGUGAAACACAGACUGAAUUGGAUAAUCUUAACAAAGAACUAAAUACACCACAGCUAACAGGAUCUUGUCAACGUCAUUCCAAACUAUCAAAGAUACGAAGUCGUUCGUUAACUCCAUCAAAAUUUAAUGAUUGUGAUAUAUUAGGUAAUCCACAACAAUCCUGUGCAUACUGUCAACAUUAUUAUCAAUCAUACGCACCAUCAACUCGUUGUACUGUAUGUAGUCCAUUACCAAUUCUAAGUGUUUCCACCAAUCCACGAGCUUUAAAUCCAAGAAUACAAAGUUCAAAACAUGGGAAACACCCUGAAAAUUGUAAUGUCUGUAGACAACACCUCAAUGCAUUAAUGUGUAAAACACACACUAGUGAUUAUUGUUCAAUGAAUCGUCACUCUAUGGCUCAUACAGCUAUCCCGUUCGAUACUAAUUCUUUAUGCUCUCAUGUUCGAUAUGAAUAUCGUAAUGGUAGACCUGCACUUAUAUCUCCACAUGGACGUAAUUACCUAGAUCAUAGCGAGCUUACUAAUAGUUAUACAGGUCUACAGUUAAAAUCAUCUGCACUAGUUAAAACUACAUCUUAUUCAUCCAAUAAUCCCAUAACCACUGAUUCAACUGUUACAAAUAUUAAUCCUGAGAAAACAUUACAACAUUUACAAUUAUCAUCAACUUUAUUAAUUUUAAUGAAAAAUAUGGAAAAUGAAGUGGAAGAUAUUCGUUCAUUAGUGAAAUUAUUUUUAUCUAGAGUAGAUAAAAAAGAUGCAGAAAAUGUUAUCAUUAAAGAAUGGCGUAUGAUAGCUAUUGUUAUGGAUAGAAUAUUUUUUAUAUGUUAUUUAGUUAUACAUUUAUGCGCAGCAUUCGGCUUAUUGAUACCACGUUCAUCAGAGUAUAAUGUUGUUGAGUUUUUAAGAGAAUAUCGACUGAAAAAUUAUAAUUCAACAUUUUUUGAAAAUGAAACAAUAACAGUGAAUAAUUUUCAAACAGUAACGACAGCAAUGCCCAAUGUUAAUAAAGGUACUGAUUCAACAGAUAUUAAUAAGCAAAUAAGUCAACUUGGCACUAAAACAUCAGUCACUUUAAAUGAAAUGAAUAAAGAAAAAACAAAAAUUCAAGAGUUUAGUUCACCUUUAACCUAUGAACGUAAGCCUACAUAUGAUGCUUCAAAUCCAUUGGAUAGCAUGACCAAUUACUUAUCUCCUUAUCAACGAUUAGUCGAUCAACAAGCGAAUACAUUACGACAUACUGAGGAAAACAUUGCCGAUCCUGGUUUAGUUUAUCGUAAGUCUGACCAACCACCGAAUCAAAUUCAAAAAAGAAACUAUGACAAUGAAUGGAAUAAUCCUAAUCUAACAUAAGUAGAAUGUCAGGUUCCUAAAAUAAAACUAUUUUUAUAGGAAGAGUAAUUAUUUACUCAGGAAGUCAAAAGUUUAUUCAUGAAUCAACUCCUCAGCAUAACCUUCCAGUUUUAAUUCAUUCGGAUUAAAGGAUUGUUUCUUUUUUUGGGGGGGGGGGGGGACUGUACUGUAUCUUUGCAUAAAUUUAGACAGUAGAUGAUCUACUUUAAAAGCACUUUUAUUUAUGUCAUCAUUCAACUGGUUAUUCAUGCUGUUCUAUCUAGAAUAUUUGAAAAUGGCAAUAUAUACUCUGAUUAAUUUAC